UCCAACGGGUAUAUAAAUGUUAUGCAUCACAUUCAGAAUUACAUUUCAACAGCCACCGUCGAACCACAUCAUUCAAAAUGAAAUCUUUCAUCGCAAUUGCUCUGUUCGUCGCUGUGGCCGCUGCCAUCCCAGUAGAUAACAAAGACGCCGUUAUCACUAAACAAACUUUUAACAACAUCGGAGUUGAUGGUCACCAAUACAGCUACGAGACCAGCGACGGCAAAUCCGAGGUCCAGGAAGGUUCGUUCAAGAACGUCGGUCCUGAACAGGUCUACGAGGUCCGCGGCUCCUUCUCCUACCCUGGUCCCGAUGGCGUCUUUUACACCGUGAACUAUGUCGCCAAUGAGAAUGGUUUCCAGCCCUCAGGUGAACACAUCCCCAAAGCUUGAGUUAGACUAAGACUGAUGAUUUGUUAAUGUUGAUUAGAAAGUAAAUGUUUUUUUGAUUCCGC